GGAAGGGUCAACAGCGUGACGCGUUUUACUUCCGGGUGAGCGCCGCUAGUCGCCAUAUUGUCUUGUUCGUGAAGACGAGGAGCGAAGGGGGGGAGAAAACGGCCGUGAACCGAUAGUAACGGUAGCUCCUGCGGCGGGAGGCGGGGGAGAGUUUGAAAUAUAGACUAUAUAAAGACUUAAAAGAUGUGGGAUCAAGGUGGACAACCUUGGCAACAAUGGCCUUUGAACCAGCAGCAGUGGAUGCAGUCAUUUCAGCACCAGCAAGAUCCAAGCCAGAUAGACUGGGCUGCGUUAGCUCAAGCAUGGAUUGCUCAGCGAGAAGCCUCAGGGCAACAGAAUGUAGUGGAGCAGCAGGGAAUGAUGCCAAAUGGACAGGAUAUUUCGGGAAUAGAAUCUGGUCCAAACAACCAUAAUAAUUUUCAGGGGGAUCCCAACUUCAACAGAAUGUGGCAGCCAGAAUGGGGAAUGCCUCACCAACCCCCUCAUCCACCUCCAGAUCAGCAGUGGAUGGCUCCAACCCCAGGUCCGAUGGAAAUUGUUCCUCCAUCUGAAGACAGCAACAGUCAGGACAGUGGAGAAUUUGCUCCUGACAACAGGCAUAUAUUUAACCAGAACAAUCACAACUUUGGGGGACCUCCCGAUAACUUUGCAAUGGGGCCAGUGAACCAGUUUGACUAUCAGCAUGGGGCUGCCUUUGGUCCACCCCAAGGUGGAUUUCAUCCUCCUUAUUGGCAGCCAGGACCACCGGGGCCACCAGGGCCUCCAGCACCUCCUGCACCUCCUCAGAAUCGAAGGGAAAGACCCUCGUUCAGAGACCGUCAGCGUUCACCUAUUGCGAUGCCAGUGAAGCAGGAGACUCCACAGAUUGAUGCUGUGAAGCGUAGAACUCUUCCUGCCUGGAUUCGUGAGGGCCUGGAAAAGAUGGAACGAGAGAAACAGAAAAAACUGGAAAAAGAGAGGAUGGAGCAGCAACGUUCACAGAUGUCUAAAAAAGAAAAAAAAGAAAGCGAGGAGGCUGAAGAAGGGGAUGGUCCACGGUUACCUCAGAAAAGUAAAUUUGACAGUGAUGAGGAAGAUGAAGAUGCUGAAAACACAGAAGGUGUAAGUGUUGGGAAAAUCAGCAGGAGUCCAUCCCCAGCUCCUCAAGAGGAGCAAAGUGAACCAGAAAUGACAGAAGAAGAAAAGGAGUAUCAAAUGAUGUUGCUGACAAAAAUGCUGCUGACAGAGAUUCUUUUAGAUGUCACAAAUGAAGAAAUCUAUUAUGUGGCCAAAGAUGUACACCGUAAAGCAACUAAAGCUCCUGCAAAACAGCUGGCACAGUCCAGUGCACUGGCUUCCCUCACUGGACUCGGUGGACUGGGUGGUUAUGGAUCAGGAGACAGUGAAGAUGAGAGGAGUGACAGAGGCUCUGAAUCAUCUGAUACUGAUGAUGAGGAAUUACGACACAGAAUCAGGCAAAAACAGGAAGCAUUUUGGAGAAAAGAGAGAGAACAGCAACUAUUGCUAGAAAAACAGCUAGAAGAAGAAAAACUGCAAAAUGAAAAAGUUUCAAAAGAGAUGAAUGAAUUUAUCAUCAAGGAACAAAACAGUAAUUUAAUAUCACAGGAGGGAAAAGAAAUUGAAGCAGAUAUGGUUCAUGAAAAGAAAAGAUCUCCAAAUGCAAUUGCACCUGAUAUAGAACCCAAAAAAGAGGGUAAAGAAAAAGAGAGGACAGGAAGGAGUAGGUCAAGAAGCUCUAGUAGUGGUAGCACUAGCAGCAAUAGCAGAAGCAGUAGUAGUAGCAGCACUGUGUCUAGUUCAUCGUACAGCACUAGCUCAGGCAGUAGUCGCAGUUCUUCACGUUCUUCGUCUCCUAAAAGGAAGAAGAGACAUAGUCGCAGUAGAACCCCUUCACAUAAAGUUAGGCGCAGUAGAAGCAGGAGUUACUCUCACAGAAAUAGGAGAGAGAGAAGUAGGAGUAGGGAAAAAAUAAGGGAAAGGAGAAGACCUAGUAGAAAUCGGAGUACUGAAAGAGGGGAGAGACGAAGAAAUCGGAGUCCUUCCCGAGAGAGAAGUUGGGAUAGACGUAGAAGUAGUAGUCGUUCAAGAGACAGACGAGUUAGCCGUGCUAGUCGCAGCAGAAGUAGGGAUAGACGUAAAAGUGAAGACCAGCGUAGAAGUCCAACUGGAAAUAGGCACAAACAUAAAAGUGAUGGCAAAGAUCAAGAAAGGAAAAAAGAGCAGGGUGGAAGUAUAGAUAAAGACAGGAAAAAGAACAGAGAAAGGGAGAGAGAUCAGGAAAAAAGAAAGGAUAAGCCAAAAAAAGAAGAGAAAGAAAGUAAGGCCGGCAAUCAUGAUGACAGUAGAUUAAAGAGAAAAAGAGACAGUGAAAGAACUUUCUCUCGCAGUGAUUCAAUAUCUGUGAAAAUAUUAAGACAGGAUUCCAGACAAGAAAGCAAAAAAAGUUCUACCAAAGAUAGCAAAAAACAUUCAGGCUCUGAAUCUAGCGCAAGGAGUAGUUCUGAAUCACCAGGAAGCAGUAAAGAAAAGAAGGCUAAGAAAUCGAAGCAUAUUCGAUCAUGCUCCAUGGAGAAAUCUCAAAGGUCUGGUAAGAAGGCAAGCCGCAAACACAAGUCUAAGUCACGAUCAAGAUCAACGACUCCUCCUCGUCGUAAACGUUGAGGAAUGAUGUGGCACCAGUGCUAUGACGUUUAAAAAUUCCAUGAGUUAUAAAAGGCUUGUCUCAUUAUAGAGGCACAUUGUGGCUAUGUAGGUGAAACCAGAAUCCUUUUUUUUAUCUGUAAAUAGGUGUAUUUUUUCCAAAUGCUGCUCAAAAUUAAAUACCUAAUAGGAUUUCUUUGUAUUACAUUUUUUCAAGAACGGUAGUGCUUAAUAAGAGUAUAAAACAUGCCAUUCUCUUUCAGCUAUAAUGUUCUUAAAUUACUAUUGAAUGUACUGUGAUGUCAAUAAAGCUCUUUAGUUCAUUUUUGUUUAAAA